GACAGCUUUCAUGCACUUGAGCUUGAAAUCUUUCUGAUCUUGUCUUCGUUAUCUAUCCUUUCAACGUUUACCCCAUCCCUAGCAAGCAUAAUGGCGGAAGAGACACCCCAACAGCCGCUAUUUACAUGUCUCUCAUGCUCAAUCGCUUUUCUCUCUGCAGAAGACCAGAGGAUCCAUUAUCGCUCGGACCACCAUAGGUACAAUAUGAAGCGUCGAGUGGCCUCUCUUCCUCCCGUCAGCGUUGCAACUUUCAAUGAGAAGGUUAUCCAGAGGAGAACAGAGACCGCUAUCAUGUCAUCGCCCAAAGGCUCGAGUUGCGAAACUUGCGGUAAAACAUAUACCACUGAGGGUGCUUACCGAUCUCACAUCAACUCGAAGAAGCAUAAGGAGAACGAAGUCAAGGCUGCCUCUAGACCAAAAGUAGAUCUCGUAGAUCCCACAGAUCCCGAAACGCAGGGCCAACCAAACGGCGAAACCGUCGCCCCUGCUGCUGCCUCCUCCCCUCCCGCCUCACCUAAACCAUCCCCGCCGUUCUCGUCUUCUAAAGACGUCAGCACUCUCGUAGAUGCCGAUGCCUCCGAUGACGAAAUCACCCAAACUA